GCUCGCCGCAUUGUUUCCUUCGCUCCGGAGCGAGCGAGCGAGCCGGUCCGGGUGUCUGAGGAGCCCCGAUCCCGCGCCGCGCCCCGCUCCCCACACCGCGCCGCCGGCCGGGCCCCGCCGGGCCUCCCCGGCCCCUCCACCGCCGCGCCGCUGCUGGCCGACAAGAGCCCUCCGACAGGAGCCCGCGCCCAUAGUGGCGGCGCCGGGCCUGCGCGGCCGUUGGCGGAGGAGCCGCGGGCGCCAUUAGCGCCGCCUCGGCCGCGCCGGUCCCCGCGCCGCCCGCCCGCCGGGCUCCCGCGGCCCCGAAGGGAGUCAGUACCAAAUGAGGAGGAAAGGACGAUGUCAUCGAGGCGCUACAGUGAGGCACCCUUCCUCCCCGUGCAGCACUAAGCAUUCCCCCGCGCGCGAGACCCUGACCUACGCCCAAGCGCAGAGGAUGGUGGAGAUCGAGAUCGAGGGGCGCUUGCACAGGAUCAGUAUUUUUGAUCCCCUGGAGAUCAUAUUAGAAGAUGACCUCACUGCUCAAGAAAUGAGUGAAUGCAACAGCAACAAAGAAAAUAGUGAGAGGCCCCCUGUGUGCCUAAGAACUAAGCGUCACAAAAACAAUAGAGUCAAAAAGAAGAACGAAGCCCUUCCCAGCGCCCAUGGCUCGCCAGCCUUGGCCAGUGCUCUCCCAGAGCCUAAGGUGCGGAUCGUGGAGUACAGCCCCCCAUCCGCCCCCAGGAGGCCCCCCACGUACUACAAGUUUGUGGAGAAGUCAGCUGCGGAGCUGGACAGCGAGGUCGAGUAUGACAUGGACGAGGAGGACUACGCCUGGCUGGAGAUCGUCAACGAGAAGCGGAAGGGCGACUGCGUGGCGGCUGUGUCGCAGAGCGCAUUUGAGUUCCUGAUGGACCGCUUCGAGAAGGAGUCCUACUGCGAGAACCAGAAGCAGGGGGAGCAGCAGUCCCUGAUCGACGAGGACGCCGUGUGUUGCAUCUGCAUGGACGGCGAGUGCCAGAACAGCAACGCCAUCCUCUUCUGCGACAUGUGCAACCUGGCCGUGCACCAGGAGUGCUACGGGGUGCCCUACAUCCCCGAGGGCCAGUGGCUCUGCCGGCACUGCCUGCAGUCCCGGGCCCGGCCCGCUGACUGCGUGCUGUGCCCUAACAAGGGAGGUGCCUUCAAAAAGACGGAUGACGACCGCUGGGGCCACGUGGUGUGCGCCCUGUGGAUCCCAGAGGUCGGCUUUGCCAACACGGUGUUCAUCGAGCCCAUCGACGGUGUGAGGAACAUCCCUCCCGCCCGGUGGAAGCUGACCUGCUACCUCUGCAAGCAGAAGGGCGUGGGCGCCUGCAUCCAGUGCCACAAGGCCAACUGCUACACGGCCUUCCACGUGACGUGCGCCCAAAGGGCGGGCCUCUACAUGAAAAUGGAGCCUGUGAAAGAACUGACGGGGGGCGCCACGACCUUCUCCGUCAGAAAGACCGCUUACUGUGACAUACACACGCCUCCGGGCUGUAUCCGGAGGCCUCUGAACAUCUAUGGGGAUGUCGAAAUGAAAAACGGGGUGUGUCGAAAAGAGAGCUCAGUCAAAACGGUCAGGUCCUCAUCCAAGGUCAGGAAGAAAGCCAAGAAGGCAAAGAAGACGCUGAGCGAGCCUUGCGCCGCCCUGCCGCCCGUGUGUGCGCCGUAUAUCCCCCCCCAGAGAUUAAAUAGGAUUGCGAAUCAGGUGUCCAUUCAGCGGAAGAAGCAGUUUGUUGAGAGAGCCCACAGCUACUGGCUACUCAAAAGGCUGUCUAGGAAUGGCGCUCCCCUGCUGAGGCGACUUCAGUCCAGCCUGCAGUCCCAAAGGAGCACGCAGCAGAGAGAAAACGACGAGGAGAUCCAGGCUGCCAAGGAGAAGCUGAAGUACUGGCAGCGGCUGCGGCAUGACCUGGAGCGCGCACGUCUGCUGAUCGAGCUCCUGCGCAAGCGUGAGAAGCUCAAGCGGGAGCAGGUGAAGGUGGAGCAGAUGGCGCUGGAGCUGCGGCUGACCCCGCUCACGGUGCUGCUGCGUUCCGUGCUGGACCAGCUGCAGGACAAGGACCCGGCUCGCAUAUUCGCCCAGCCGGUGAGCCUGAAGGAGGUUCCGGACUACCUGGACCACAUUAAACAGCCCAUGGACUUUGCCACGAUGAGGAAGCGGUUAGAAGCUCAAGGGUACAGAAGCCUCCUUGAGUUUGAGGAGGACUUUGACCUCAUUGUGGACAACUGCAUGAGGUACAACGCCAAGGACACGGUGUUCUAUAGAGCCGCAGUGAGGCUGCGCGACCAGGGCGGCGUCGUCCUGAGGCAGGCCCGGCGCCAGGCGGACAGCAUUGGAUUCGAGGAGGCCUCGGGGAUGCACCUGCUGGAGCGGCCCGCCCCGGUCCCGCGGCGGCCUUUCUCCUGGGAGGAUGUGGACAGGUUGCUGAACCCGGCCAGCAGGGCCCACAUGACCCUGGAGGAGCAGCUGAGGGAGCUGCUGGACAAGCUGGACCUCACAUGCUCCAUGAAGUCCAGUGGGUCGAGGAGCAAGCGGGCCAAGUUACUGAAAAAGGAAAUUGCUCUCAUUCGAAACAAGCUAAGCCAGCAGCACAGCCAGCCCCCGCCCUCGGAGUCAGGUACUGGAGGCUUGGAAGAGGAAGGUGCUCCGCUGGGGCAGGAGACGGGGGAGGAAGGAGAUAAAUCUCCCCCUAAACUUGAACCACCAGACGCAUUACCUCUUCCUUCAGACUCGGAGACUAAUUCAGAGCCACCAACCCUCAGACCAGUAGAACUCAACCCAGAGCAGAGUAAACUAUUCAAACGAGUCACAUUUGGUAGCGAGUCACAUAGCGCUGGCACUCAGAGCGCACUGGUACUCGGACACCCGGCAGAGCCCUCCCUCGCCUGUAGUGGCGAUGCGCCGGCGGCAGCGGCCUCCGCGGUGGCGGAGCCAGCAAGCGAUGUAAACAGACGCACUUCUGUUCUCUUCUGCAAAUCGAAAAGUGUAAGCCCCCCAAAGUCUGCCAAGAACACUGAGACCCAGCCAACUUCUCCUCAGCUAGGGACCAAAACCUUUUUGUCUGUAGUCCUUCCGAGGUUGGAGACUCUUCUGCAGCCAAGAAAAAGGUCGCGGAGCACCUGCGGCGACUCCGAGGUGGAGGAGGCGUCCCCGGGAAAGCGCCUGGACACAGGUCUCACCAAUGGCUUCGGGGGCAUGAGGAGUGAGCAGGAGCUGGGCGGCGGCCCUGCGAGGAAAGCCACGCCGCGGCGCCGCUGCGCUUCCGAGUCCAGCAUCUCCUCCAGCAGCAGCCCGCUGUGUGGCGCCAGUUUUCACGCCCCCAAGUGCGGCCGAGGCAAGCCGGCCCUGGUGCGCAGGCACACGCUGGAAGACCGCAGCGAGCUGAUCUCCUGCAUCGAGAACGGGAACUACGCCAAGGCGGCCAGGAUCGCAGCCGAAGUGGGUCAGAGCAGCAUGUGGAUUUCAACAGACGCCGCGGCCUCUGCCCUCGAGCCUCUGAAAGUGGUGUGGGCCAAGUGCAGCGGCUACCCCUCGUACCCUGCCCUGAUCAUCGACCCCAAGAUGCCGCGGGUGCCCGGCCACCACAACGGGGUCACCAUCCCAGCCCCGCCGCUGGAUGUGCUGAAGAUAGGUGAGCACAUGCAGACCAAAGCCGACGAGAAGCUGUUCCUGGUCCUCUUCUUCGACAACAAGAGAAGCUGGCAGUGGCUCCCGAAGUCCAAAAUGGUUCCCCUCGGCAUCGACGAGACGAUAGACAAGCUGAAGAUGAUGGAGGGGAGGAACUCCAGCAUCCGGAAGGCCGUGCGGGUCGCCUUCGACCGGGCCAUGAGCCACCUGAGCCGGGUGCACGGGGAGCCGGCCAGCGAUCUCAGCGACAUCGACUGAGGCCGCCUCCGCCCGCCUGGGCGUGCUCACGGCCGACUCGCUCUGACUUCUAGGGCUGGUGCCGUGGCCCUUUGUCCCGGGGGGGGGGGGAGGUCCUGUUUCCAAGUUUUCUGUGGAACCGCCCCCGUCUCAGCGCCCGCCUCUGCUGGCCUCUGCUGGCGGUGGGCGCGUCUUCCGAGUGGGACUGUGCCGGGGACGGGCCACGCACGGGGCACGCUGGCGUCACCUUCUUCGAUCCAUAGCUUUUUUUUAAAGACUUUUGAAUGUUUAAUAAUUUUGUAAAUCAUACUCUUUACACAGAGUACCAGUUAUUUAAUAAGAUGGGAUGUACAUUUACAAUGACAAAUGUGUAUUUUAAGAAAGAAAAUGCAUUAUUUUGAAUGGUACUUUGUGGAAAGGGGGAGAAUAAACUUCUGCCGUGCACACCACCUGCAAAUCACCAAAAACACUCCGCCACCCUGGGCGGGCGGCGUGCCCCGCGGUCCCGUCCCUGGUCUCCUCCGCCUCCUGCGCCCCAGCUGCCUACGGGGUGCCCCCGAGCGGAUUAUUUAUUGUAGAAAGUGUAUUCAUUUGCUUUAUAAUGAAAAAUAAAUUUGCAAAAGUAUAUUGAUAUGCAUUUUUAUACAGGCACAUAGACGGUCGCCUUGCUUUGGAGCAGGGCGUGUUGGUUGUCGUGGACAUGACUGGCUGUGUUCUCCGGUUUUGUAUCUUGUGCUCCUGUUUACACCGAGGGCCUUUCUGUGACUUGCUUUGAUUUGGAACACUUUGGUAGCAAUAGGGACUUUGGAUACAUUUUGUAUGGUACCUGUGAUGUACAUAGAAUUAGUACUUUAUUUUUAUUUUUAAGAGGUAAAGCAUUAUGUUGGGGGAAAAGGUAGGGUGGGUUUCCAAAAUUGCAUUUUUUUAUAUUAAAAAAAUAAAGUCAAGAUUUGGACGGUGUGGCCAUUUCAUUCCUACGUCCCGAGUGCAGACCAGCGGGCCACCUGCAGGCUGGCCAGGUCCCGGUCCCCAGCCUGUCCCCGCCAGCUCGUGCAGGCACUGACACACCCUCACCCUCACUCUGGCAUGGGUGGUGUUAUUUAUUACUUUAGCUAAUCAUAUUUUUAUUUUAAACUGGUAGUUUGAGGGGUUUUUUUUUUCUUUUUCAGUCUCAGUUGUUGUAACAUCUCCACAGAAACUUGAAAAUAAAUGUCUUCCUUUGA